GUCGACGGGACUUCUUGUAACGGGUUCAUAGGAAAUAUUUCUAAAAUAAUCUUAUAUAAAUAAUUUCUUAAAGAUGCAUGUUUAAUUUGUACGUGUGCGCGUGUGUUCACAUGGCGAAGCAGGCUAGAGAAUUUUCAUUUGAAUGUCAUUUAUCAGAUUGUCGGAAAAUGACAAGUGGAGCAGUGAGCUGUUUAGAGUUUAGCUGAUAACCGGAAGGUCAUGAGUUGUAUGCCACUCUUUAUCACCAUGACGUAAGAAUCGUGUCUUAAUUCAGUGUCUCGCCAUUUAAAGCAUUAGCAAUGUUCACUGGUGAAGCCACAAGCCUUGUUAUGCAAGCUGGUUUGUGUUGUACUGGCUUGAAGGGCAAUUGGGGGGUCUUGUUUGACUUGAGUUGUGGUAACAGGACGCGAGGUUGGUUGUUUACAGGACCUGACACCCGUUUCUGCACUUGACGUCAACCAGACAUCAUUAGAUAUUAGUUUAUCUUUAGUAAUGUGAGUUUGCAUCAGGGCCUUUUAUAGUUAUGCCACAGGUCCCCUUGGAAGACAUAUUUCAGCCAGUUGGCCAACCUGUAGAUAACAGACGUGUACAUACAGACAUACAUGAUGACAACUGUAUCAGAGGAUUUAUAAUGAUUCCCCUAUCAAAAUAUUUAUAUGAAAACUCACUCAUUUAAAAGGGCCUGUCUCUGACUCUUUCCAGUAGCUGAGGGUGAUAAGGAGUUGUGAUUGCCAUGUAGAAUACAAACCACAUACAUGUUUCCUAUAAAAAUGAUCACAGACGGAUGUCGGCGCGGGACGACGAAGCAAAUAUUUCUUGGAAUUACUUGAAAGCACACAAGAGUAAUGAAAUAAAUCAGUGUGGAGUUCUUGUCGUCAUGGUACCUCUCUGGUUUGGUUCAGCUGCUUGAGCAGCCUCUGAUGCCAGAAACAAUGAAGCUUCUCAAAGCAGUCUCGGCGUUUGUCAUCAGUGAUGGGACGUGAGAAAGUGAGAUUGAUCAUUAAGAAUAAUUAUCUGUGCCCCAGAUGACAUGCAAAUGCCUCCUUCACAUGUUUUGUAAUUAUAGCAUGACGAGCUUGUUGAAGUGUAAAUUAAAGACUGAAUUCAGCUCUGGUUAUUACAAACUGGGGGCAUUAUCCACGGGGGUGGGUGUUGGCUCAGAUUCCUGUCAAGCUUCUGUUUACCCCAAACUGUUUUCCAUAUAUCAUAGAGCCACAAGGCAAUAUGGGUCUGAUACACAUUUGGAAAAAAAAAACAGAAAGAAACAUGCUUAGUUUGAAUCCUGUUCAGUUGCUCUGUUGAGUUCUAUCAUAUACACAUUUGAAAUACUUUAACUUUUAUACACCAGUGAAAUCUUGAAUCUUGAGCCCUGUGUGUUUUUCCUCGUCUCUGUUCAGCAGCAGUGCUGAUAACGUGAUGGCACUGAGCUGUAAUACACAGUGACUGAGAGCAGGAAGCACGGUGAGGUUAGCCAGACGGAAUGUUCUAGGAGUCAUGCUAAGGUACAGUGUGUAACGCUAUUUCAGUGUGGCAGCCAACUAAAGCAAUUCACGGGCAUACCAACGGGUGAUAUGCGUGCGUGCGUGUGUGUGCUUGUGCUAGUGCGUGCCUGUGCACGUGUGUGUGUGUGUGUGAGUGAGUGAGUGUGUAUUUCCCCCCUGAAUCCUCAGUGGAUUCAAACCCGUGAGCCCGGUUGGCCAGGUUAGCGGAGGGGAAUGGAGCGUUACUGUGCCGGUAUGCUGCUUCUGGAGGCGGGGGGCAGAGUGGGUUACCACGGCGCCCGUCGGGGAGGGGGGGCCCGGCGGGGGUCCCUGGCCCGGCCGGAGGAGGUGUGGGGGGGGCUGGAGCGGGCGCUGGAGAGGGUGGAGAAGCGGCGGCUGCCCCUGGACCUCCUGACGCACAUCGCCACAGCCGAGGCGCUCCUGGCAGGCAUGAAAAGUCAACACACAUUCUGCAGAGAGGUGGCCAGACGGUACCUCAUAGCACUGGAGAAAUAUCUCAGCUGUAAUGAAGAUAAGUGCAGUGCUACCAAGACCGGAACAGAUCCCGGGACCAGCGCAGCGGUGAGGGGCCUGUGCAUCGGCAUGCGAUUUCCCCGCCCCGAGCACGUCACCGAUCUCAUCCACGCCAGCGUCGAAUGCGGCCGCAUGACGCACACCUGUCCCACAGGAUUCCUGGGAUGCGUGUGCAUGGCGCUGUUUGCCUCGUACGCCGUGCAGGGGCAGCCGGUGUCCCGCUGGGGCAGGCUCAUGCUGGGGACGCUGCCACGGGCCGAACAGUACUGCCGGGGAAGACCCGCCCUCUUCACAGACUACAGUGAAAACUGGUUCUACUUUGAAACAAAAUGGCAGUUUUACCUUCAGCAGAGGAAGAUUGACAGAGAGGGUUGUGAUGAACCCUUCUUUCCUGAAAACUACGACUCAGUUGAAAGAAAUAAGUUGUACAGGCAUUGGUCCGCAGCGUCUCCAGGGAAACGGAAGGGGGUGGCGAUCACGCUGAUGGUGUACGACGCCAUCCUCGGUGCUGGGGGGGACUGGACCAGGCUCUGUCAGUGGGCCUUGUGUCAUGGAGGUGACAGUGAGGGGACAGGCUGUAUGGUGGGGUGCCUGUAUGGUCUCCUCUAUGGCAGUUUGGGGGUCCCCAGCUCCUUCCUGCUGAACCUGGGACUGAAGGGCCAGAUGGAGGGCUUAGGAGCGGCUCUGUACGCCGCAGCUAACGGAGAGAGGCCAGAACUGGGUGAUGCCCCCGUAAGUUCCGGUGAAUUCCACGCCGAUCUGUGGCAGGCGGUAAAACGGCUGUCCUGCAAGCGCGCGGACGACGAAAUCAACACCCUCCUGAACUACCUGGCGCUCCUGGAGCAGGGCGUGGCCCGCCGGCAGGACCGCGGGCAGCCCAGGGAGGACGUGGGGAGGGGGAGGGGGAGGGGCAAGGGGGCGGUCCGUCCUCCCCACCCAUACCCCUCCCGCUUCCAGCUCCUGAGGUCCCGGUUCACCAAACUGGGGCACAGAGACAAUCUGCUGAGGCUCCGCCCCCCUCCCCUGGAGAGGCCAAUCACCACAAGGCUCUGUCCACUUCAGGCUAAACACCCCUCACAGAGAGAGAAAGAACUUAAAGAUCCAUUUAGGAGAGAGAAAGAGUCACAGCCUAAAGAUCCCUCACAGAGAGAGAAAGAGAAAGUACUUAAAGAUCCCUCACAGAGACAGGAGUCACAGUCUACAUAUCCCUCACAGAGACAGAAAGAGUCACAGUCUACAGAUCCCUCACAGAGAGAAAAAGAGAAAGUACUUAAAGAUCCCUCACAGAGACAGGAGUCACAGUCUACAUAUCCCUCACAGAGAGAGAAAGAGUCACUGUCUACAGAUCACUCACAGGGAGAGAAAGAGAAAGUACUUAAAGAUCCCUCACAGAGACAGGAGUCACAGUCUACAUAUCCCUCACAGAGAGAGAAAGAGUCACCGUCUACAGAUCCCUCACAGGGAGAGAAAGAGUCACAGCUUCACCCAGUCAUGCAAACAGGACAUGCUUUGUAUAGUGACGGGGCUUCUUUCCCUCUGAUUGGCCGGCAGACAGAAGGGUGCCAAGAGAGCAGAGCUGUGAUUGGUCAUCAUGGUGGAGGUGGAAUAAAGGCUAGGUCUAUCGAUGGCGAGCUCCCUGGAAGCGUGGGAGCAGAGCCGGUGUGUGGUGGCCUUAUCGCACCUGGCAGAGGCUGCGUUUCCACGGAUACUGGAACUCCGUGCUUACCUGCAGAAUGCUGUAUCCCACUGAGCAGGGGGGCGGAGUUUCAGGUCUGUCCUUACACACAGGCCGAACCACCUGAAUCCACAGCACCAGAGUCACCUUCUGAGAGGAGAGAACCGGAAUCACCUCCCAAAAGGACAGGGCUGGAAUCACCUCCUGAAAGGACAGGACCGGAAUCACCUCCCGAAACAGAAGCACAGCGCUGGCCGGGCGUGCCCCCACCCCCUCCGUGUGCUGACCCCCCCCACAGCCCAAAGCCACUGCCCUGGAAGUACAGGACCCACUGCUACGCUAAGGACCUCUGCACCCCCCCGGCCCCCAAAGUCCUCCUCAGUGUGGGCAUGAGGGGCGGCAGGCUCGUUAAGAUUUCAUAAAAAUCAGCAUGAGGAAGCAGCUCCCUGACAACCCCCCCCAGGAAUCACAUAAACCUGAUCAUGCCCCCCCCAUGGUGUUUAGGUCUUGUUUAUGUCUGUCUUGUAUUAUCUGGGACAGUCAAAAACAAUUUCUGUCAAAAAUAGUUUAUCCCAAAUGGAAUGCCCUUUGACCCCUUUUCCUUGCGUCCUACAAAAUUUGCUUUCUGUUGAGGAAUUACAAUGACAACUGAAAACCAGACCACUUUGCACCACAAAUUGAUUGUAUGAAUAAUCCCACAACCAUUUGCAUGUGUGUAUGGUGUUGCAUAUUCAAGCUAGGCAAUGUUGCAAACCCUGAUUUUGCAUUUCAGAUGUAUGAGGUUUACUCUGACAGCGAUACUGACAUUAAUACGUUUGACACACAAGAAAGAAUUUCUCCCCACCGUUGUGAUUUUCAAGAUGGAAGAUCUCUUUAUUAAAUACAGAAGAACAUUGGUUUCAUCAAAUACAAAA